GUGCAGAAGGAGCAGCAGCAGUAGCAGGCGAGCAAGCUAGCGAGCGAGCAGGCGGGCCGCCCGCGCUGCCAAGGGCCCUGGACCCCGCGUGUGGCGCCUGGGGAUGGUCAGCAAGGCGCUACUGCGCCUCGUCUCCGCCGUCAACCGCCGAAGGAUGAAGCUGCUGCUGGGUAUCGCGCUGCUCGCCUACGUCGCCUCUGUUUGGGGCAACAUCGUUAACAUGAGUUUUCUGCUCAACAGGUCUCUCCAGGAAAACGGUGAAAUAAAAAUCGAAAGCAAGAUUGAAGAGAUAGUUGAGCCUCUAAGAGAGAAAAUUCGAGAUUUGGAAAAAAGUUUCACCCAGAAAUACCCGCCAGUCAAAUUUUUAUCAGAAAAGGAUCGAAAAAGAAUUUUGAUAACUGGAGGAGCAGGAUUUGUGGGUUCCCAUCUCACAGACAAACUCAUGAUGGAUGGCCAUGAGGUGACUGUGGUGGACAACUUCUUCACAGGCAGGAAGAGAAACGUGGAACACUGGAUUGGCCACGAAAACUUUGAGCUAAUCAAUCAUGAUGUGGUCGAGCCCCUUUAUAUUGAAGUUGACCAGAUAUAUCACCUGGCGUCUCCAGCCUCCCCUCCGAACUAUAUGUACAACCCUAUCAAGACGCUGAAGACCAACACUAUUGGGACAUUAAAUAUGCUGGGGCUAGCCAAACGUGUUGGAGCCCGUCUGCUCCUGGCUUCCACCUCGGAGGUAUAUGGAGAUCCUGAAGUCCACCCACAAAGUGAGGAUUACUGGGGACAUGUGAAUCCCAUUGGACCCCGUGCCUGCUAUGACGAAGGCAAACGUGUUGCAGAGACCAUGUGCUAUGCCUAUAUGAAGCAGGAAGGCGUGGAGGUACGUGUGGCCCGGAUCUUCAACACCUUCGGACCCCGCAUGCACAUGAACGAUGGGCGAGUCGUCAGCAACUUCAUUCUGCAGGCACUGCAGGGGGAGCCGCUCACAGUGUAUGGAUCCGGGUCCCAGACGAGAGCUUUCCAGUAUGUCAGUGACCUUGUCAAUGGCCUAGUGAUGCUCAUGAACAGUAAUGUCAGCAGCCCGGUCAAUCUGGGGAAUCCAGAAGAGCACACAAUCCUCGAGUUUGCUCAGUUGAUUAAAAGCCUUGUUGGGAGUGCAAGUGAGAUUCAGUUUCUCUCGGAAGCCCAGGAUGAUCCCCAGAAGAGGAAACCAGACAUUAAAAAGGCAAAGCUAAUGCUGGGUUGGGAGCCUGUGGUCCCACUGGAAGAAGGUUUAAACAAAGCAAUUCACUACUUCCGUAAGGAACUUGAAUACCAGGCAAAUAACCAAUAUAUCCCCAAACCAAAGCCCGCAAGAAUAAAGAAAGGACGGACACGCCACAGCUGAGAACCUCCCUUCCAGGAUGGGAGACACCUGGUUCACACUUGAUGAGAUGUAUUUUUUUUAUCCUUUUCAGGUUUUUUUUGUUGUUUUGUUUUGUUUUGUUUUUUUUAAAAAAAGACUUUACAAGGUGUCAUGAAGAACAAACUGGAAUUUUAUUCUGAAGCUUGCUUUAAAGAAAUGGAUGUGCCUAAACUCCCCCUCGAAAAACUGCAAAUUUUGCCUUGCACUUUUUAAAUCUGUCUUUUUAUGUAAAAUAUCGUAGAUGUAUCUGCGUCUUUGGAGUUUUUUAUCUUGCUGUGAGAGCUGAUGUGACUGUCGUCGACAGUUUUAUUUACUGGUUUCUUUGUGAAGCUGAAAAGGAACAUAAAUGGGAUAAAAAUGCCGAUUUUAUUUAUAAAAGUGGGUACUUAUGAGACAUUAUUCUACGCAUAAAGGACAAUAAAAAACCACAUAAAUCACAAGAUUUAGCAGUAACGUCAAGUGGGUUGCAUCACCAACAUUUAUUCUGUGGGCUGCUGAAAGAGUUCUGCUUGAGAGCUUUUAUGUUUCUUUUAAUUCAGAAUUUUUCCAGGUCUAGUUUUUAGUUACCAACUUGACUUUGAAAUACUUCCAUUGUCACUUCCAUUGAAAUACUUCCAUUGAAAUCACUACUGUGUUGU